AACACCGAUAGACACCAAUCACGAAAAACAACAAAUACAAAAGUAAGUUUUGUUAAUAGCAAAAACAAAACGGAGAAAUGUGCAGUUGAGCAAUAUAUCGCCCAUGGAAUCUCUUGUAAAAGGAAUGCAAACUCCAGAGAUGGCCCCAGGAGACGGCCAGGAGCCAGGGGGCAGUGCCACCGGCUUGGUAUUCUGCACGGUGUGUGCUGCUCCCUUCAAGAAUGCGACAGACUGCCUGGCCCACGAGUUGCACAAGCACAAGAACACAAACAAGCCGCAGAAGAAAUUUCGCAAGAAAAUUAACGCGCUGACCAAGCAGUUUACCAGCGAAGAAACGCAAAGCGAACGCAGCAAGUUGCAGGAGGCUCUGGACAAGACACUGGACGGACAGUACCUGGAGACAAUAUUAAAUCGCUAUGCGGCUGACUUGAGACGACUCGAUUGCUGUUAUGCCACUGUGCGCAACUGCUUUGAGAGGGAAAAGGCACUAAAAGUGGAAGUGUUUCCCUUUGGCUCGCUGGUCACCGGACUGGCCUUGGAGGAUAGCGACAUUGACUUGUAUCUAAAGUCCACAGAUGACAACGUCACCUGCCCCCAGCGGCUCUUCAAGAAGGUGCUGAGAGUUUUGCACCGUUCGGUAAGCUUUACCGAAAUCAUAAACGUUCGACAUGCCCGUGUGCCCAUUAUUCGCUGCAAGCAUCAAGUGACGGGCCUCAACAUAGACAUCAAUAUGAGCAAUCCCAACAGCACAUUCAACUCUCGCUUCAUACGAGAGCUAAUGCUGCGCGAACCCAAACUGCGGCAGCUUGCGCUGUUCCUCAAAAUCUGGGGAAAGAAGGUGAAAGUCGUUCGAAUGGGUGGCAUGAGCAGCUACUGUCUGUUCAGCGUACUUCUCGUGAAUCUUCAAAUGCGCCACUUGCUGCCAUCCAUCAGGGAACUGCAGGCGCAUGUCGAACCCAUCACUGUCAAAGGAGUCAACUACGCGUACAGCAUGGAGCGAGUGGCGCCACUACCUGCGCAGAUGUCCACGCUUGACUUAAUCGGAGACUUCUUUGCGUUCUGUACCAGCACAGACUUCGAGAAGAAACUUUUGUCACCGUUUCUGGGCUGUGCCGUGGACAAGGUGGAAACUUUGGCCACUCCUGGCGGCUUUCCGGAGUACGAGGAGCAAUUAAUUGCCCUUCAGGAAGAGCUUGGCGAAGCGCCUGAUAAAUUUCACUUGGAUCGUACGGUAUGCGUGCAAGAUCCCUUCGAGCUGGCAAGGAAUGUGGCAAGGAACAUAUCACAAACAGAUUUUCUGUACAUCAAACAAUGCCUGCAUAUGGCCGCACAGGCUUUUAAGAAUCGAGAGCUACGAGCAGCGCCAAAAAAACUCUAUGAUUACCUGCUCUUCGGACUGGGAGACAAAAUGGCAUUGGAGAAGAUGUAUCGGCCAACGCCAGCCAAGAAGUACAAGGGAAAUUCAGCUCCAACAGAACAGCAAAUGGAAAACGAAGCAAAUACGACUAAACAGCAGCCACUAGAAGUGGCGCAAGCAGGAGACGUCAAGGAUGCACCGAAUGAUGAGAAAAUCAGCUUGGAUGUCCCUGCGUGCCUGCCGGAAACAAAGCGCACGCACUUGAUCCAGCCCAGCAAGAAUGAUCUCAAGAGCUUGCGCCCCGUGCUGCUCAGCCAAAACAUUGAAGAAAACCAAACGAUUUAUUACUACUGGCUGCUCUGCUAUGUAGAUACCAUAAAGCAUGUCCUAACGGAGAUCUUUGCGCUUGACCUGGAGCUGGUGGACUCACAGGAUCCGUGCUACCACAAAUGGCUGAUGCGUAGCACAGUGGACACUUGGACGGGACGCGUCAGUAAGCUGAGCCAGCCGGGCCAGUACUUUGACAUGCACAAGCAGCAGACUGUCGAGAUGCUAAAGACGCGCAGCGGCAAGCCACAGCAAGCGGUUAGCUUCGAGGGCUACUUCUCCCUACGCUCCACCGAAGACUACAAGAACUUGGAACUGGCGGUGGAAGCGUGCCCUGAGCACAUCCAUGAAAUGCAGCGACAAGGCUCGAUUACAAAGCUCUUCAAGGCACUGAAGGAUCUGCUGUCGAAGUACACUUUCCAGGAAAAACUGCGUAAGUGGGAUAUUUGCAGCGUGGGCACAGUGGAUUCGUAGUGCAAACACAAUGAGUGUAUAUAUUUUGAUAUAUGUAUUUGAGACUCGCUUUUAAUUUAUGAAAUUGGACUAUUAACAAAGAGUAACAAGAUUAAAGACACUACCAGACCGUGGACACUCGCUAUUAGCCACUAACGAGACAUAAACAUCCAACGGGUGUUUCUAACUUCUUAUUAAAUUAAGUUUAGUUUGGCAAGAGAUUCACUUAAGAGCAUACUACAGGAGAAUCAAUCUACUAUAUGGAUAGAGUUAUAUAUACAUGAAGUUUAUCUAUUAUUUAUGUACAAUGGAAACCCACCAAUGGGGCUAGCACAACUACGACUAGCUUAAGCAAUCUAUUUACAUGUUUAUUAUCAGGUAAUAUACCAGAUUCGAAUCUGUUUAACGGCACUUGGGGCUAGCUUGAAUAA